UGCAUGACCAUCCCAUCAACGAUAAAGACUCCCUCUCUUCCCCCCCGGUGACGACUGCACAGACAUCAUCUUCAAUAUCCAAAAGUUGCGGUUGGUCGGCUCACUUAACAUAUAGUCUUUGAGCCAAAAAGAGGAGAAUAUUCACAAGGGCCAUACAAAGAGUUUUUUCAAAUAAGUCUGAGAUCAAUUGUGCUUUGUGUUCAUAUAUCCCAACCAAUGACUUUUCAAGGAAGGAAUAACACCAAGCAUGGGAUAAUACAGAGAAAUGUGGUAACCUUCAUGCGUUCAUAAAGCCUAACGGGCCUUUUUCUCAGUAUCUAUAAAUUAUCAAAAGUAUGCUACAUAUGCUCUCUCUCUCUGUCUCUCUCUCUGUCUCUCUCUCUGUGUAUAAAAAGCCUCUUACGGCCAAUUUAAAAAAACAAAAAACAAUAAUGUGUGUAUAAACAGCCUCUUACGGGCAAUAAAAAAAAGAAAUUCAAUGAAUGCAAUCCUUUUUGGACAAGUGGAAAAUUCCCGCCCCCUAGCGGCAGUUUCUGUUUAUGCUUGCCAGUCUGAUUUCUUUUUUUUUUAAUGAUGUGUUGUUGUUUGGUCCAUAGAUUCACCCAUAAAAGUGCAUGUUUGAGUCGAAACUGUCUUAAAAAAAUACUCUAGUCUAGUCCAAAUAUUACUUUCUGCGUGUUGUUUCUUGGUUGCUAUGGAUACCGAACGCCAACUCCUCAACGCCAUGGACGGCUGAAAUGGAAAAAAAAGUCAAGAAGCGGGAUACACAGAUGGAGAUGUCAUCUCAGACCAAAGUCAGAGGAGGGCAAUGGAAGCCCACAAGAGACAGCAAGUACAGCAAGCAGACCCAGGACCUGCUGACAUCAAUGAUGCAAGAGUUCACUCUCAGCAACCGCCAAAGAAAAAAGAUCAUUGACUGUCUAAAGGAUGGCUCAGCCUUGCCACUGACCACUGAGCCCACAUCAUCAGCUUCCUGUCUUCAGCCGAAAGCCAGUCAAUGCUACCCGAAACUUCUCCCGGUUCGGCCUCUGAGAAGGAGUGCCGUUUCUUGUCGCUCGGGAAACAACUAUGUCCGAGAAAAGUUCUGUCCUGCUCCCACAAGAGACUUAGAAAAAGAGAAGAGGAGGCUUCAAAACAUCCUGGCAACAGGACAAGAACAAGAAGAGACAGCCUCCCAUAAUGUUGCUGCGAAUCGGAAGCCGAAAGUGGUAGAGGAGAAAGACCGCUAUCAGGAAGUUCUGGAUGAGAUUCGGGAACGACGACAAUUCCUGGCUGACAUGGCCUCGCUUGGACAGGACAAGCAGUACAGCCACAUCAUUAACACAGAAAUUUCACAGAAAAUCAGGGAAUUGGAGGCGCUGAAUGGCAAACUUUCUCGGGAAGCCGUGUCUGAGCUGAGUGUGGAUUAGUUCAAAAUUUCACAUUACAUUCACAAGAAAUAAAUUAC